UUUUAUACAAAAUCUCGCGACUGGGAUGAAUUUUCAUAAUUUAAGUAGCAUAGAAAUAUUUAUUAAUAAUGUUCAAGAAAGAGCGUGGUCAUAUUAUCAAGUGGAAAAUGCGAUAAUCAACGGCGAUGAGAAGGAGGAUAUUUUGAAAGUGAUAUUCUAUGAUUUUACAAAAAUAUUGACAGAGUUAAACAAUAUGUCUGCUGAUUCGCGAAAUGUAUUAUCAUCGGGUGGUUUAGUUUCUUUUAUUUCUACUUUGAAAAAAUUUGACCGUAAGAAUGGUUUUUUUUUGAGCUCCAAGCUAUCUGAUAAAUUGACGAAGAUAUUCAAUAUAAGUGAAACAAUAAAUUCAUACGUCGAGCCGCUGUUACAGUUGGGGACCAAUAAUAUUUCUGAUGAUGAAGAUGUGCUUCAAUUCUGUCCAAGUGAUGCAAACAUUGGACAAAACUAUCAAUUUGAAUAUGAGAAGCAGAUCAUUCUCAAGGAAUACAGAGAAUUUGUUGAGAAACUGACGACAGAGAUCAAAGAUAAAAAGUGGAUCAAUGUUUGUGGGCAAACAACAUCAUUGAACCAAGCAGUUUUCGAUUACUUUCAUCAAGUUGUUGCCACGUAUCUCAAAGAGUAUGUAAUGCUCUACUACAUCGACAUUAUCGACGCACGGUGUCUCAAUUUGAAUCCUGCUCCAUUGUUAAUGAUGCGUCAGAAUAAGUCUCUCAGUGAAUUAGUAGACAGUAUUAGACUGACCAAAGUCCUCCUCAAUGAAACUAACUCUCAUGUAUAUAGAUGUGAUGCAAAUUUCAAAGAAACCAUGCUCAGAAAGCCGUACCUCCAAUUAGAAGGUAUGAUGCAAGUUAUCGUUAUUGCAGAAUCAUAUUUGAGUUUUUAUGGAUCAUGCAAUCAUAAUUGUGAACUAAGUCAAGUUGAUUCAAUAUUCUACUCAGCAUGUGACGAAUUCAAAUCCUGCUUGUACAAUCACUCUAAAUAUCAUCUUUGUGAAAAGGACGAAAAUAGUUCACGACGCUAUGAGUGGAUUAAAGGGAAAGGGCAUACCGCUUAUGGUAACAACUAUCCAUUCUGCGAUGGUAAAAAGAAGAUUGUCAAAAGUAUAUAUUCCCCGGAUCAAGUGCGUUAUUGUGAUUUUUGCAUGUGCACUUGCAUCAAACGUAACCCUACUUCAGUUCAUACCGUAACCGCUAUCAGUUUUCGAGAGCAAGUUACGGAUAUCACCAAAAACAAGGUAGCCGUAGGAGUCAGAUUCGUUGAAUCAGGAAACAUGAUUCACGUCCAGAUAAAGGAGAAAGAUUUUACCUCGAACGAAGCCGGGGUUUGGAAAUCGCUUGAAGAUGUUUACUUCCACAAGCUAGAGCGUACAUUUUAUGUGACAACUCAUAACCUCAACUUCUACGACAUGAAACUAAGCAGAGACUAUGCGCAUCCACAGGCUAUCGCUUUUGAUGAUCUGAUGGCUCCUAAAGGAUUCGUGGUUACUGGAGUCAGGUUCAGAUUCGCUGGGGAUUCGGCGGAAGAUCCAAAAAAUACUGGAUUAAUUCAGUUACAAAUUCGUGUGACUCCUUUUGACUAUGUUAACAGGAAAUUGAUAAAUCUCAAUGAAACUCGCUGGAUUGUCCCAACGUAUUUGGGAUCCAGGAAUAAGUUGGAUCUAACACAUCCAGACAUGCCAACUAAAUCACCAUUAAAUGUUAUUGAUUCAAAGACGAACCAAUAUGCCAAAUUUCAGACUUCGGAUUUAGUAAAAGAUGCUGGCCAAUCAACAAUGCCGUUUUUUGAUGCUCAAAAUGUGGAAGGCGAGAUUGACUUUCCUCUAGGAGGAAUCGGAUUAUUUCACCGAGGUCAUGAAGGUUACGGAGGGUUCUUGGCGUUCAAAAUUUAUGACAUGAAUCUCUCAAAAUUAUUUCAAGAGCGAUCGAACUUCUUGUAAUAUGGAGCUAAAAAAAUUGAAAACAUCACACUAAAUUA